AUGUUUCUUCUUGUGAAGUGGGAUGAACAUAAUUCUGUGACGGUUUUAAAGGAAACCGAAGAACAGAAAUCGAAGGAAAUUGGCGAUUCAAUCACGGUUUUUUACGGAAAAGAACCUUAUAAAGGAGUAAUAAUAUCUCGGAGUGAGAAUGAAGCGUUUUUGAAAACACUAACAGUGAGCAAUGAGGGGGAAAUUUUGAUGGAUCAAAAAAAGGAGUUGAGUACAUCAUUACUAUCAAAACGAAAGACCAGUAAAUCAGUUGAUAAGAAACUCCAAAUGCUGAGGAGUAAAAAUGAUGCAACAAUAAAUUCAAAAAUUAAAGAUUUAUCAAAAAACAUCAGUCAAAAUCCAAAAACGAAUGACGUGAAAGGUGAAUCGAAAAAUGAGCAGCAAAUAGGCGCGAAGAAUCAACCAAAAAUAAUAUCAGAAGAAGGAGUUUCUUCAAAAAUAAAAAUCGUGAAACCCGUAUGUCAAGAGAAGAAUAUGGACAAUACGUCAAAAGAAGAAAAUGCAGCAGCGCUAAAAUUAAAACAGACGAUGAGAGCAAAAACGAAUAAAUUAUUCGAAAAGCAUUUGCUAACUAAUAGGGAUCUUCAGUGCAAUUUAGGUGAAUCGAAAAAUGAGAAGCAAAUAGGCGCGAAGAAUCAACCAAAAGUAAUAUCAGAAGAAGGAGAUUCUUCAAAAAUAAAAAUCGUGAAACCCGUAAGUCAAGAAAUACCAAAAGAGAAAAAAAACAACAAAUUGGAAAAAUUGGUAAAAACUGGUGAUACAGAAAAUAGGAAUAAACAAAUCGAGAAAAAAAAUAGUAAAAAAACACAAAAAGAACAACAAGAACAGCAUAAAAUUUCAAAAGAGAAUAAAAACAGCGAAUUGGAAAAAUUGAUAAGAACUGAAGAACAAGAACAGCAAGAAAUGUUAAAAGAAAUUGAGAAAAAAAAUAAUAAAAAACACAAAAAGAACAACAAGAACAGCAAGAAAUGUUAA